AUGAACGCCGACAAUUGCCGACCAACGUGCAUUGAAAUCUACGAGGCAAUUCGUAAGAGCAAAGAGUACCGUUAUAUAAUCUUUCGCCUCGUCUCCGACUCCGUUGUCGACGUGGAGACCGUCGGUCCGCGAGACAACGAUUACAACCAGUUCUUGGAAGACCUGACACGCAAUGGAUCCAUUGAAUGCCGUUACGGUGUCUUCGAUCUGGAAUAUAGUCACACGUGCGAGGUGACCAAACAGGAAAUCAAACGGGAAAAGUUAGUGUUGCUCUGCUGGUGCCCGGACGAUGCCAAGCCCAAGGGCAAAAUACAAUAUCUGAGCUACCUGCGCCAGUUUAUGGAACAGCUCAAAGGCGUCCAGUACUAUAAGACUGUGCGCGAGAAACUCGAGUUGUCGCGCGAUUCAGUGGAAGGUUUUUUUUGUCGAAAGAGCACAAGACAAUGA